UCUCGCGAUACUGGGAGCAGCAGCCGAGAUUCGGGGAGGAGAAGCUGGAUAUUGGGAGAGAGAGAGAGAGAGAGAAAGAGGGUCUCCGGGACACCGACAGUGACGUCACGGUCUUUCGUAUUGCUCUGGAAUUGAGGACAGCAGCGUUACCUCCUGAUCUUAGCCAGUGAUUUGCAGCACAAUGUCAGAGAAACAGAAUAACUUCCCCCCUCUACCUCGCUUUAUACCACUCAAACCAUGCUUCUAUCAGGAUUUUGAGACUGACAUACCAGAUGGUCAUCGACCUUUAACCAAGCGCCUCUACUACCUAUGGAUGUUGAACAGCAUCACGCUUGCGGUGAAUCUGAUUGGCUGCCUCGCUUGGCUGAUUGGAGGAGGCGGAGCCGUUAAUUUUGGCCUGGCGUUUCUGUGGCUCAUCCUUUUUACUCCCUGCUCCUAUGUGUGCUGGUUCAGACCUAUAUACAAAGCUUUCAAGACUGACAGCUCCUUUAACUUCAUGGCUUUCUUCUUUGUGUUCUGGAUUCAACUGGUGAUCAGUAUAAUACAGGCAGUGGGAAUCCCAGGAUGGGGAGUCUGUGGAUGGAUUGCAACGAUCGGCUUUUUUGGUACAAAUGUAGGAUCUGCAGUGGUAAUGCUGAUUCCCACCAUCAUGUUUACAGCUAUGGCUGUGUUAUGCUUUGUAGCCUUGACAAAGGUACAUAAAUUUUACCGUGGUUCAGGGGGUAGCCUUAGCAAGGCACAAGAGGAAUGGACAACAGGUGCCUGGAAAAAUCCUCAUGUUCAGCAAGCAGCCGUAGGUGCGGCACAAGCCGCCAUGACACAGAACGAACCUCAGUACUCCGCUGCACCAAACUAUGGCUACACCAACCAAAUGUGAAGAGGUGAAGACGAUACUGGAAGUACAUUCCCUGGGGUCAGAAAAGCGCCCUAUCUACUGUCCCCCUAGUAGUUCACUUGUCUUAUCCAAUCUCAUUUCUCCUUCCCUUUGAUAUAUGGUGUAUAAUGAUUGUGGCGUGUAUGUGUGUGUGUUAAAGAGAGAAUCUGCCCCCAGUCAUAGCAGAUAUAUAUGUAUAUUCAUACAAAUGAACUAUCUUCAGUUUGUAGAAUUCAGACAGCCAUCUAUAAACUGGACUUUUAAAAUUGAGAAUCUAAAAGUGGGGCAUGGAAAUAUAUAAGCAACAGUGAUGGUGCUAAAUAUGUGUACAUAACUAUGUAAAGAAAGUCAUGAUAUAGAUAUAUAUUAAAUAUGCUACUGCUUUUAUCCCUUUGCAGAUACCUACAUGUUUGUAUACACAUUUACAUAAAUACAAAUGUUUACGCACGUAAACAUGGAAAUAUUAGUGAGUCAGUUUCUCAGAGUUCUCCCUCCUCUUCUAGAGCCAGAAAGGUUUAGGAUCCUGGCCAAAUAAGGAGGUCUCACCCAAAUAAUAAUAGUUAUUGUGAUAGAGGUUGGAGAAAUGCUCUUUAGGAGCAGUGCCAAGUAGGAAGUAGUCAGGCCAAGCUACCUCUCUUUCCUGUCCUUGAUAAUUCAACUUUGAUUACCUUCUUUGCAUAAUGUGCAGUUCCUCUUCAUAAAUCUUUAUUUUUAUUUUUUGUGUGUAUGCCUUGCACUAGCCAAAGAGAGACUAAUUGUGUAAUUUAAUAAACCAUUUCCGCCUUGUUGCACCAGGUACCUGGAUGGGCAUUUCCUGCACACAUGACCUAGCAGGUCCCAGAAUGCUUUGUGUAUGGAACAGUUUGCAAUGACUGCUGGGUAAGGUAAGCAGUUACCUUGGGCAGUCAGAGCAGGAACUAGUUGUAUUAAAUAUCUGUCCAUUUGUUAUCAGUUUGGCUACUGUAAUGUAUAGAGGAAAAACAUUUGAAUUUGAAGAAGACUCUCUGUGACGCAACAAAGUCCUUUUUAAUAUGACGUAUGAAGGCACGGCAGAUAGUUGUCAAAUCUUGAGCCUUAAGGACAGGGCCAGAGAGUUCACUGGUAUACAGGAUCAGUGAGGAACCAAGCAAAUAUCUCUAAGAAGCUUAAAGUUUGAUGACCUAAGCUAACCUGCCCUACAGCAGGGUUAGUCUACCAUUAAACAUCUUGCGUUUAUCUAUCUGGGUCACUCUUGACUUUUGAUUUAAUCUUUUAUAAUCAGAACACACACACAGGUAAUUUUACAGGGAUCAAAACAGAAGCAUAUGCAAAUCACUUUGCACCAGUACAUGCUUACACUGAUAUAGACAAGCAUUUUAAGCACAGAUUUUAUCUGGUUUACCAUCUAACAAUUCCACUAACUGUAUAUUUGCUAGGCUUCCCUUGCUAAUAACUUGCAUUAUUUAUUUUUCCUUCUGCAUUAUAAGCAAACUGAAUCUCUUCCUCAGUUGCUGCAUUUUUCGUUAUUAUUUAAACUAGAUGAUUUGUUCCUGGAAAAGAAUAACUGCAUCACCAUUUCAAACAUUGACACUUAAAAAUGUUUGAUCGCUGUGAAAUAGACAGGGUGAGAGUUAUGAAACAUGAAAAUAAAGUCUGUUUUAGUCCACAGGGACAGAUUUUAAAGCCCUAAGUAGAACGUAUUUAAUAAUAUUUAACUGUACUCUUUUAUUUAUUACCAAGUCGUUCUGGCCAAUUAUCCAAUGUUGAUGCCACUGGUACACCUUUGGUAUGUCCUCUAUAAAAAAAACAACAUGGGGACAGUAAUUUCUUUUUAAUGUAGUUGCUUAGCCACUGACAACGUUUCCCCUGUGCAGGUGCAGAAUUGUACCACUAAAAUAAAUGUGUGUGUGGUGCUGUGAUUCAAUAUCCCUUUCCCCAUUUAGCCUGAACAUGGAAUUCAGAUAAUUAAGAAUCUUCCAUUUCCUCUAGACAAACUUGUAGCACUUUUUCUAUUGUGUGUAUCUGUAUUCUGGCAAGGCACACACAGCCCUUGGGUUUGUGUAUUCUACACUCCAGUAAAACCAAGAAUGGGAAAAUUAGGGUCAAUUAAAAAAAUUUUGUAAAAGGGAUUAACUGUAAGGCAGGUGUAUUCUGUUUACUACUUUAACACUACUUAUAGACUGAUACAGUAUAAUAAAUUGGGGUGCAGAGAUCUAGCUAUUGGUUUAUUUAUGUGAUUGUGGACCAGAUCUGUUCUACUUUACAUACUUCUAAUCAUAGCCCCACGUUGGACAUGGUGGAAUUGCAUAAAGUAGGUUAUCAUUUAUUUAACCUUUUAAAGGACCAAACUGGAACUUCUAGUGUAUCAUUUUAAUUGUGAAUUAUUAUUAUUAUUAUUAAACAGUGGAACUUAGUAUAAUGACGGCAGCUUCAAAGGGAUAAAACUGAAAUAAUUGAUGUCAACCACAAAAAAAAUGGGAAAUGAACUAGAUAUAUAUUAUUAUGUUUAGAUUUCUUUGUUUUUUGCUGUAAAAAAAAAACAACAAAAAAAACAUGUUUGGGUGCUACCUGUCAAAGAAGGCAGUGUAAAUACACACAUCAUAGAUUCAGGAGUCCAGGUAUAUACUAUCAGAGAUAUGGGGACUCCAGAAAUAAUGGAAAAGGCCUGAGUAUUAGAACUACUGCUCUUGGUUUUCAGUAUUUGCCAUGUGGGUAGUUCAUACCAAAAGGCACCCGUAGUCUUAUAAGUUAGGCUGCUAGCAAGAGGAUUAGACUACUCAAGAUGCACUAAAACCCUCGGGGGUUACGUGGAAUCCUUUUUUUAUUUUUCUUGUUUUGUUUUUUGCACAGAAAUGUUCUAAAUUUACACUACACCCAUCACCUCUCUGCGGUAUGGAAUAAACACCUCUAUGUAGCCAUUAAUGUAAAUAGUGAGUCUCUUGACUUUAUGGUAUUAGGUUCUUAUAUUAGAUGUACAUUCCAUAAUAUGAACAUGACCAUUUCCUCUGUGUCUGUACCUCAACCUCCAUUUCCAGAAAUCCAGGAGAAAUACGUAGAGGUGUCGGUCUGACGGUAAAAUAACACUCCCCCCAUGACAUUAAAAAAAAAAAAAACAUCCAGAGUUCUCUGUAGAUGGAAAAUCCAGGUUGAUGGUCUGUGAGUCUGGUACUAUUUUAAAGUCUUACUCCAGAAUUCUGGGAUCAGGUCAAUUUUGUUGUAAAUCCAUGUGUAGUUUCUCUUUAACUUAUUGACGUUUGUGGGAAAAGUUGUGGAAAUUAAGUGUGUGAUUUAAACAUGGAAAUAAAGAAAGGUUUCAAACUAU